CUCUAGGCUUCUUUCUACUAUGUAUUUCCCUCCGACCGAUAUACCCAUUUUCGAUGUGAACAAAGGGAAUCAUUUUCUCGCGGUCGACCCUAUUUUACGUGCUAAAUAAGUGGGGCUACUUCUAACCAAACCGAAGGAAACACGACAAAACAAUCUAGCAUUGUGACAAUGCAAUAAGGAGCAGAAUCCUAUAUGCUUCGCAAAUACAAACUGCAAGAUAGACGUUUUUUAGUUUGCUACACGCUAUGUACGAAUUACGUAAAAAAUUUCCUGUCGUCCGUGUAACCUGUAUCAUCUGAGUCAGUUAACAUAUUUAAUGAAAUGUCAAAUAAUCACAGGUUCCUAUUAGGUCGUUGAAUUUUCUAUAACCUGGUAAUGACAGAUAGAGCACGCACAAUGAGGUUGGAAGCAGAAAUGGCUGCUCCUUUGCAUCUGCAAAGAUUGGAGCGCAGCCUCAAUGUACAGCCCUUCUUGAGGCAGGUCGACGAACUGUUCCAAGAUCCGCCUAGCGAAGAUGAUAAAUCUGUAUCGUCUGAAUCUUCUGAGGGAUCCGAUAAUUAUUUGGACAAUGUGCUGAUUCGAAAGGAAGAGGAAAGAAUUAACAAAUUGAGGCUCUAUAAUAUGUCGAGCAUGGGAGAGGAACGUCGUUGGUUGCAAGACAUUUUAUUGAGCGACUCGUCCGAUAGCUCAGCGUCGGGAUCUGACACGGACAGUCCCGUGACGGAAGAGGAUUUUAAGGAAAUGUUAAAAUUUCACAUACUUAGGAAAAAGUACCAAGGUCGUUUCUAUCAGAAACCGGAAAAUAUACAGUACCAGUAUUAUAGCGCUGGUUUAUUGUCGAAUUACGAUAGAUUUUUAGAACACCAGAAAUUGAUAGUCGGGAAUAAAAAGAAGAAGGAAAAGAAACCAGACAAAAAGGUCAUGAAGAUAAAAAAGGAAAAGAUUCCUCGUCAUAGACCAUCCGAGGAUUACCCUGAAGGGGAAUACCCAGAUGAAGAAUGGGACCGUACAAUGCCUAGAGAGGAAGAAUUAGAUGAAGCCGAAUUGGAAGCAAUAAUGCGUCAUCAGCCCCGCCAGCGUGGCAGAAAAAAGCAUAAUAACAAAAGUCCAGAAGUGAUGGCCAUGAGAAGAAGAAAGAUUUGGGUAAUGAUGUCCAAGAAAGAAUUGGGAAAAGUACAAAGAGCAAAAACCAAUAAUCAUAAGGAAAUGUUAAUUAGUUGUAAAAAAGUAGCUCAACACUGUAUGAAAUAUUGGCGGCAAAAGGCUAUGCAAUCGCAAAAGAACAUGAAAGAGACUAUAUGGCGAGCAAAGCGUCUCACACGGGAAAUGCAAUCUUACUGGAAACGUUACGAUCGCGUGGAACGUGAAACGAGGAGAAGAUUAGAAAAAGAAGCCGAAGAACAAAGAAAGAUGGACGUAGAACUAAUCGAGGCAAAACGACAACAGAGGAAACUGAACUUUCUUAUCACACAGACCGAACUAUACGCUCACUUUAUGUCCCGGAAAUUAGGGAAAGCAUCUCCCGAAGAACAGCUGCGAAUUUUGAAUCAAUUGGACGAAGAGAAAAAUCCGAGGCUCCUUGGAAUCGAUGAUUACGACAGCGAAAUUAUGAAGCAAAAGGCAAAAAGAAAUGCCACCGAAGCGUUUGAUAACGAAAGGGCCAGGGCAAAACAAUUCGACACUGCGGCAGCGUCUCAAGAAUUACGCCUCAGCGAUACUCCAGAAAAUUUGGAGCACCCUCAACCUUCGAUAUUUAAGGGGAACCUCAAAGGUUAUCAGUUAAAAGGGAUGAAUUGGUUAGCAAAUUUAUAUGAUCAGGGAAUUAGUGGAAUUUUGGCGGAUGAAAUGGGUCUGGGAAAAACUGUACAAUCUAUAGCGUUUCUCUGUCACGUUGCUGAAAGAUACUCUGUGUGGGGGCCAUUUUUGAUCAUAUCGCCGGCUUCGACGUUGCACAAUUGGCAACAGGAAAUGGCACGAUUCGUACCAAUGUUUAAAGUGGUCCCAUAUUGGGGAAACCCGCAGGAACGAAAAAUAUUGAGACAGUUCUGGGACACUAAAGACUUGCACACGAAAGAAGCUUCCUUUCACGUAGUGAUAACCAGUUACCAAUUAGUCAUUACCGAUUACAAGUACUUCAACAGAAUAAAAUGGCAGUACAUGAUCUUGGAUGAAGCGCAAGCUAUAAAAAGCACCAGCAGUAUGAGGUGGAAACUGUUGCUUGGAUUCAGUUGUCGCAAUAGAUUGCUACUCAGCGGAACACCCAUUCAAAACAGCAUGGCGGAAUUGUGGGCGUUGUUGCAUUUCAUAAUGCCCACUUUGUUCGAUUCUCACGACGAGUUCAACGAAUGGUUUUCCAAAGACAUCGAGAGCCAUGCUGAAAAUAAAACGGGGAUCGAUGAGAAGCAUUUAUCGAGACUGCACAUGAUCUUGAAACCCUUCAUGUUGCGGAGAAUAAAGAAGGAUGUGGAGAAUGAACUGUCCGAUAAGAUAGAAGUUAUGGUGUACUGCCCCCUUACAACACGACAAAAGUUACUUUAUUCAGCAUUGAAGAAAAAGAUCAGAAUAGAAGACCUGCUACAUUACACAGUUGGUGGUGGGGAUACUGCUACCAACGACAAAAAUUUCACGUCAAAUCUUAUGAAUCUAGUCAUGCAAUUCCGAAAGGUUUGCAAUCAUCCAGAACUGUUUGAGCGAAGAGACGCGAGAUCACCACUCUUCAUGCACACGGAACUGUACGAAAUGCCCGCGUUGUUGUACACAGAGGGACUGUUGCACCUCUCGUUGCCAUCCAAAGAUCACUUCUUGUAUAAUAAGUUCUUCAUAUUUGCUACGGAAUACGUGCACCGGGCGCUUCACGAUGGCAGCGGAAGAUUCUCCCGAAAUCCCUUCUCGUUCAGUAGAUUCAUUAACUUGUCCCCGAUGGAAAUGAACAAAGCGUUUAUCGUUGGUAUUUUAUUCAGGUUGUGCCUUGCAACCGUGAUGGAAAGGAGGAUAAAAAUGACACGUUAUUGGGAGGAUUGGAACGCCGACGAGAGAACGGAAAUCCCCAGAAAUCAGAUACUUCUUCUACCCAGGAAGUUCGACUGCUCAUCACGAACGAUGCGUGACUUGAUAUUCACGAAGAAAAUUGUCGAUGGCGAUCCUGUAUAUACGCACAUGACACACGUCGUUCACUCGAUGCCGGAGACCGUUGCUCACCGAAUUCUACGCAGCAGCAAAAAGACGAUUCAGUCGAUGAAGAGAAUACUCCCGUGUACCAAAGCGGAACAAGAGGAGUCAAAGGUGACCUUGCUACCGGAACAUCUUCACCUUCCGCGACCACCGAUAUUGAGACACUGUCAACAGACCACCAUUCCAUUCUUCAUCUGCGAUACUUAUCCCAAGGUGCAAGCUAGUCCUCGAAAACUGUAUGUUAGUAGUAGUUCUGCAGCGUGUGCGUGGAGGAGGCACGAGGAAUGCGGCGGAAAGUUUGGACAAAGGCUCCUCUGGCUCGGUUGCGAACAAGCUCUUUCUGCUACGUCGUUACAAGAGAACUCUAGCCCUCAUUUAACACAGUCUCCUCUAACGUUUACUGUUCAAACCCAGGGUGGACUGUCCGCGUGCACGCCCAUUAACGGGUGGUCCAACAUCAUUGUACCAGACAAGCAAACUUUGGUGACAGACGCAGGGAAACUUUCUGUAUUGGACAGUCUUCUGCGCCGUUUGAAGGAACAGGGUCACCGUGUUCUUAUUUAUUCCCAAAUGACGAAAAUGAUCGAUCUAUUGGAGGAAUAUAUGUACCAUAGGAAGCACACUUUCAUGAGACUAGACGGCUCGUCAAAAAUCUCUGACCGACGAGACAUGGUCGCGGAUUUCCAGAAAAGGGCGGACAUAUUCGUAUUUCUGCUGAGCACCCGAGCCGGAGGCCUGGGAAUAAACCUCACCGCCGCAGACACGGUGAUCUUCUACGACAGCGAUUGGAACCCUACCGUGGAUCAGCAGGCUAUGGAUCGCGCUCAUAGGUUAGGACAAACGAAACAGGUGACGGUGUACAGACUAAUUUGCAAGGGCACCAUCGAGGAAAGAAUAUUACAACGUGCUCGUGAAAAAAGCGAGAUACAACGUAUGGUGAUCAGCGGUGGAAACUUUAAGCCGGACACUCUGAAGCCCAAAGAAGUUGUUUCCCUCUUGCUGGAUGACGAAGAAAUUGAAGCAAAAUGUGAGCAUAGCCAACGGAGCGAGGAGAGAAAGCAGCACGCGGAGGAUGCACGGCUCGAGUCGAACCUAUAUCACAAGGAGAGGGACCGGAAGAGGAAGUUAACCGCGCUUCCGGUCAAGGGCGACGCCAAGAGACCUUGCCUGUCCGAUGCAAAUGGCGACAAAAUUGGCGACGCUCAAUCCAACUCCAACGACAGCAAUCAAACCGGUGGCAGUGUUCAGUCGCAUUUUGUCAACAAUCAUCAACAGAUACUCGACACAGCGGACGAUUAUAGUGUACCAACCAGUCCCGCCAAGUCUGAGGACGAGACCAGUAAUGACGGCCUGGUCGUCGACGUGGACGGCCCAGUGGGAGGCUCCGUCGUCGACGCUCGACAAUUACGAGUGGGCCAGUUUGGAGAACCCUGCAAGAUCAGUCGUCUGGAUCACCACGUCCCUUAUGGCGGUGGGACCACCGUUCGAAUGAGGCCCACGAUACGUGGUACCAGCAAACGUGGCAGGCCUCGUGGCUCCCGCAGAGGAGGUCCCGUGGGAGGGAAAGGCAGAGGCCUACUGUUGCUCCAUCCGCCAUCUAAGAGCAUGGCUGGAAGCGAUCCUCAGUCCCCAGCAUCUUUGUCUCCCAACAAUAGCAGCGCAGCCAGCGAGCAAACACAACAACACGGUCAAGGAACGUCAGGUCCGGCAGAGGGCGACGGACCCAGCACGGUGGGUCCUCUGGGUCCAGUGGGGAGCCUGGGGCCUCUGCCCGGCAGAGGAGGCCCACCGACGAUUCGAAGAGGUCCUGGACGACCGAGACUCAGGCCCUCGGGUCCGGGGCAUCAAGGGUACCGUACAUCCGGCCACCAUCAUAGCAGGAAAGUCCAACGACCGCUCCCGGUGCCUCUUAGGUCCCAGCAGACGAUCGCGACCAUGAACCAACAGAAGUCCCCGGCCCAACGUCCCUCGGGGUCCGGUCCCUCGAUCUCGUCCUCGUCCAUGAACACGACCACCUCUUACCCCACUUCUGCCGAGUCGAGACCGUUUGGCUUCUACACGCAACAGCAACAGCAGCAACCACGGGGCUCCUCCUAGCUUUCGGAGGGAGAAUUCCUUCGGGUGAUCCUCGAAGGCGAUUCCUGAGCUUUUUAAAUUUUUAACAAGAUCGAGACUUUUGUUGGCCGACUUUUUAAAGAGACGUUCUUGGCGAGACGACGAGAACCUGGGAGGAUCCGUUCGAGGAUUGAUUAUUUUUGGAUCUUGCCAGGACCAAGCUUGAGAAGUUACGUCCCUGGACCCGACGAUGGACCCAGGCUCGAGGAUCUUCGUCGGGGGAACUUUUUUUUUCUGCUUUCUUUCCCCGACGAUAGCGCGCGCGGAUCGGUUGUUCCACUCUUCCGAGCGAAGGACUUUCUGGACUCUCGAUUCAUCGUAGCAGUUGGUGUCGCGCGCGGCGGUUUCACGCUCAAAUAGUGCAAUGCAGAUCUUUUUCAAGGGCUCGGCGGACCGUUCGUCGAGGCUGGCUCGCGUUAGGAGAAUUACGCGCGAGUUCGAUCGGUCGCACCGAACGUGUUUCGAGGUUCGAACGAUGAGCAUGUUUCGAGGUUCGAUCGAUGAACAUGUUUCGAGGUUCGAUUAGUGAACAUGUUUCGAGGUUCGAUUGAUGAACAUGUUUCGAGGUUGGAACGAUGAACAUGUUUCGAGGUUCGAUCGAUGAACAUGUUUCGAGGUUCGUGUCGCAGUCCCCCUGAGACCUCGUCGUACGAUUCUCGCGUGUAAAGUAUAUGUACAAAGGUCGGUAUUUAAGCGAUUAAUCGAUUAAGGAGAAUUUCGCGGGAUCGCCGCCGGGAGUCGUCUAGACAAUUUGUACAAAUGAAUCACGCCACUCGUUGUUAGGUACUUAAUGAAAGAUCGAGCACGCCGGAUCGGGAAGAGGGAGCGAAAUUCGACGGAAACGGAAACGGUAGCCGACAAGAAUGAUCGCCCCCCAACGAGAGAUCCUCGAAGGACGUCGAACGAUCCGCGUUUAAGCGAAGACCUCCGGGACGAAUACGAACAAAAUGGCGAGGAGCGCCGUCAGAAUAGCUUUCUAUAGUUUUAUUUCUUCUAGUUUUAUCUCCGUUAACUCUUCGAUGGUCGACGCGACGAGACACGAACGAUCAUCAGAGCGACUCGACGAGGCCAAGGUAGCGGAGGCGCCUUUUAUCGCGGACGGACGAUGAUCGUUCGACGAAACGAAGCAUCCGGAGAGGGGGACUACCCCUGAUCCCGUUCUUCGUUCGUUCUUUCGCUCUCGUUACUAAUCUAUCUCUCCUCUGAACUGUUUCCCCUCUAUGUCUCUCGACGUAUUUACGAUUCGUCGUCGCUGUAGCACUGUUCCGUCAUUAGGCUCGGUUAGACGAUAUUAUUUUUUCCGCAAGAGAAUGGUAUUUAUAUUAGCAAUAAACGUUUACAAAUGGCCGCUGAAAAUGUUCAAUCUCAUCGAUCGCCUUCAAAUUUGUCCAGCGAAGAAAUGAUUGCAAUCCGUUCGCGUUGUGUUAUUGGUACCGCGUUGAGUGUAGAACGUUGUACAGGAUGAUAAAAAAAAAAUUGGUGUAAGUGUAUUUUAUGACUCCGCUAAGAAGUAUGUACCAAUGAAUAUUUCCAUGUACAUUUAAGAAACUGAAACGAAUACAAUAAGGUUAUAGAGUGGUUGCAUCGCGAUGCCAUUGAAUUCACGGAUCCUCGGUUGUCGUAAAGUCACUGGUAUAUAGUUCAUUUACACGGAAUUCUAUUCGUACUACGAUUACUAUAGGUUUAUUAAGAGUAUGCAAGGCGACUAAAAAAAAUGAUGUUAUGAAAUUUGUAGUUUUUUUUAGUUGUACAAUCAAUAAUGUACAGUUCAAUUGUAUGAAAUUUUAUUCUUACUACCAUUGUCCUAGAUCCGUAAUAUUA